AUGGCUCAUUGGUUUUGUUCCUAUUUAAUUUUCCUAAUACUGCUUUUUAAUAAUAUUAAUAUGAUAAUAUUAAUUGAUCAAAAUGAUGUUUUAAAACGACAUAUUGGUUCAAAGUAUGAACAUGAUUAUGAAACACAACAAAGCACAGCAAAUCAUCCAACUUAUAUUAAAAAUCAAAAAUUUCCGUCAGCUGAUUUUUUACGUUCUCGUUGGAUUGAGUUGUAUAAUAAAAUGCAUAAAAAUAAUGGUACAUAA